AUGUCUCUAAAUGGAACUUCCUCCGAUAGUGACCAGUCAGCUGCUGAGUUAUUUGCUACAUACUUCUCCUCAGUGUUCGGCAAGGAUGACGUACCACCUGACUGCUUCACCCCUGUGUCCCAAUUAUUGGGGUCCCACUCGUUCUACCCUAUCCAAGUUAGUCUAGAUUCUGUAGCCAGGUGGUGCAUUAGGAACAAGAUGUCCUUAAAUGUCAGCAAAUGCAAUUAUAUCACCUUUCAUCGUAUAUCCAACCCCGUCCGGAGGAACUAUACAAUUGAUGGCAAAGAGCUUGCUAGAUGCUCAGAGAUUGUGGACCUCGGCGUGUUGUUCACCCCAAACCUCAGCUGGGAUCGCCAAGUCCACUCUGUCUGCAACAAAGCCUUGCGCAACCUCGGCCUAAUUCACCGAGUCUCAUCAACCUUCAAUAGCAUCUACUCGCUAAAGCUGCUAUUUCUUUCCCUUGUGAGACCCCACCUGGAAUAUUGUGACAUUAUCUGGUCCCCUCACCAACAAUAUCUGAAGGAUGAGCUGGAAAGUGUGCAAAGAAGAUUUGUGCGGCUCGUGGGUACUCGCCUGGGAUACAGGUUCCUUGAGGCUCCUAUCGAUGAUCUGCAAUCCCUCCUGAAGCUGCCUUCACUGGAAUCCCGUCGCUUCAACCACGACGUACUAUUCCUCCAACGUCUGGUCACCUCUGAGCUUGAUUGCCCAGAACUACUCCAAAAGGUCGGGAACCAGGGUUCCCACUGGUACUCGCUCCACCAACCUCUUCACGAUGCCGUGUUUCCCCCGGACGUGCGUGAGGCGGACAGUGCGUGA